AUGGCUGAGGCGCUCGCUGCACUUUGCAUCGCGUGCAACGUUCUUGCUGUGGUCGACUUCACCUGGACGUUGCUCACAGAAGCGCGCGAGAUCUACAAGGCAGACAAUGGUGCAAGUGAGAAUGUCAACUUCCUCGAAACCAUCGUCAAUGACAUCAAAGACCGCGACGAUCGCUCCGCUGACGCCUACACCAACAAUCAAAACCUGAAGAAACUAGUCGAAGAGAGUAGGGUAAUUACAAGUCAACUCUCCGCAGCUCUGAUGAGCAUGAAAAGCGAAGGCCGCCGCUCAAAAUGGAAAGGCUUCAAGGCAGCCUUGAAAGAAGUUUGGGGCGAUGGUCAAGUCAAAGGCCUGGCAGAGAAAGUUGGGAACUUACAAAGUCAAAUCGCGAGACAUGUGUUAAUGUCCAUAAGCGAUAAAGUAAGACAGACAGGCAGCGACGACAAGGCACUCUCAACCGCGAUAGAAGGACCCUCAGGCUGGUAA